UCACCCGCGGCGCGAUGCACGCUGGGGGCUGUAGUUCUAUUCUUGCAGCCAGGCUGUUCCGAAGAUGGCUGGCGUGCAACCUCCUCCCUUCAGAACCCUGGACGACUUCGUUCUGGGCUCGGCUCGGUUCGCCCUCCCCGAUAUCCGAGACCUGCAAAAAUGGAACAACCGAAUAAUUAACAACCUCUUGUAUUACCAGUCCAAUUACUUCGUUUUCGCUCUGGUGUCUCUUGUGAUAGUCGGUUAUUUCCAGCCCCUCAAAAUGCUGCUAGGGGGCGCUGUGGUGACCCUGGUGUUCCUGGGCUUCGUGUGGGGCGCUGAGAACCGCGCAGGGGUUCGCCGUUUCCGUAGAAACCACCCGACCCUGGGUCUGCUCUCCAUCAUGGGCGUCAGCUACCUGCUUCUGCACACCCUGGGGGCCGUGGCUGAGUUCCUCUGUGGGAUUGCCCUCCCCAUGCUGAUGAUCCUGGGCCACGCCUCACUGCGUCUGCGCAAUCUGAAGAACAAGCUGGAGAACAAGAUCGAGAGCAUCGGGCUGAAGAGGACCCCCAUGGGGCUGCUCCUGGAGGCACUGGGGCAGGAGCAGGAGGCGGGGUCCUAGAGAGAUAGGGAGGGGAGGAGCAGGAGGAGGCGGG